UUGCGCGCACAUACACACACACGCGCGCGCACACGCACCGAGCCGAGCCGCGCCGCGCUUGAGCCGAGCGCAACAACCGCACAGCACGCCACGCCACGCCACCGGGGAGGAUUUAAACCUGCAACAACCAGCUUCAGCCAGCCGCUCGGACCCUCCGCGACACCCACCAGCCACGGGAUUAUUAUUGAUUCACGCGCGACUGAAGAUGUGAACGGGUUUUUUUUUUGCGCACGCGUGAGGAGAAAAAAAGGGAGCGCUGUCGUUUUGGAAAGAGGUUCGGCUAAAAUUCCAGCAGCGGCGGCGGUGUUAGCAGCGGACGUUUAUGAGACGUAGAGCCGGAGAAUGAAGCUACAGGAGCUUUGAAAUCUCACACAGAGUGCUGAACAUCCAGAGUGCCGACACCCCCACCCUACCCCGCCCCGCCCUAUCCCGCCCCCUCCUCGCCGUCAGGACCGUGGCUGUCCGGUCAGGUCGAAGGUCAUGUGCAGAAUGGGUCCCAACAUGGCGGCGCUGCUGUGUGUGAGCGGCCUGCUGCUGUCGCCACUGCUCACCGGAUCUCUGGCCUUGUCUCCUCCCAGGUUUACAAAAGUUCCUGUGGACAUGAUCGGGGUCUCGGGGGGCGUGGUGUCCUUCGUGUGCCAGGCCACGGGCGACCCCAAGCCAAGAGUUACCUGGAACAAGAAAGGAAAGCGAGUCAACUCUCAGCGCAUCGAGACUAUAGAAUUUGACGAGGGCGCGGGAGCGGUGCUGCGCAUCCAGCCUCUGAGGGCGCCGCGGGACGAGAACAUUUACGAAUGCGUGGCGGAGAACAGCGAGGGCGAAGUCAGCGUGCAAGCCAAGCUGACCAUCAUCAGAGAGGACCUGCUUCCGUCAGGCUUCCCCAAUAUCGACAUGGGUCCCCAGCUGAAGGUGGUGGAACGAACCCGCACCGCCAACAUGCUCUGCGCCGCCAGCGGCAACCCCGACCCCGAGAUCACCUGGUUCAAAGACUUCCUACCCAUCGACCCCAGUACGAGCAACGGGCGGAUCAAACAGCUCCGAUCAGGCGCCCUGCAGAUCGAGAACACCGAGGAGACGGAUCAGGGGAAGUACGAGUGUGUGGCGUCUAACGUGGAAGGCGUGCGGUACUCUUCCCCCGCCAACCUGUAUGUGCGAGUCCGGCGCGUGCCCCCUCGUUUCUCCAUCCUGCCCACCAAUCACGAGAUAAUGCCGGGAGGCAGCAUCAACAUCACGUGCGUGGCCGUGGGCUCGCCCAUGCCCUACGUCAAGUGGAUGCUCAAUUCGGAGGACCUGACGCCCGAGGACGACAUGCCGGUCGGGAGGAACGUUCUGGAGCUCAACAGCGUCCGGGAGUCGGCCAACUACACCUGCGUGGCCAUGAGCAGCCUGGGCAUCAUCGAGGCUAUAUCACAAGUCAUCGUUAAGUCUCUGCCCAAGCCUCCAGGUACGCCCCUGGUUACCGAAACCACCGCCACCAGCAUCACCAUCACCUGGGACAGCGGCAACCCCGAGCCCGUCUCCUAUUACAUCAUCCAGUACCGCGCCAAGAUCCCAGACAGCAAGUUCGAGACCAUGGACUCCAUAACCACCACUCGCUACAGCAUCGGCGGCCUGUCGCCCAACACCGAGUACGAGAUCCGCGUAUCGGCGGUGAACACCAUCGGCCAGGGCCCGGCCAGCGAGCCGGUGGAGGCGAGGACCGGGGAGCAGGCUCCCGCCAGUCCGCCCAGGAACAUUCAGGCCAGGAUCAUCUCCCACAGCACCAUGAUGGUACGCUGGGAGGAACCCGAGGAGCCGAACGGCCAGAUCAAGGGCUACAGGGUCUACUACACCAUGGACCCGUCUCGACCCAUGAGCAUGUGGCAGAUCCACAACGUCCAGGACAGCCUGAUGACCACAAUCCAGAACCUGGUGGCAUCUGAGACCUACACCAUCCGCGUCCUGGCUUUCACUUCCGUCGGAGACGGACCGUUUUCGGAGUCAAUUCACGUCAAAGUGCUGCAAGGAGUCCCUGGACAGCCGUCCAAGUUCCAGAUCGGCGAGGUGUCGGACACCAGCAUCAAGCUGACCUGGGAGCCGGCGUUCGAGAACGAGGGCAUCAUCAGUUACGAGCUGCAUUAUAAAGAGGGAAGUCAGGGCACUCAGGUAACAAAAACGUUCGGCCCGACUUCCUCCCACGUGGUGGAGGGUCUGCGAGCCAACACCGAGUACUUCUUCUCCCUGGCAGCCGUCUCUAACAAGGGCAUCGGCGCAUUCACCAACGAAAUCUCUCAGAAGACGUUACAAGCCAAGCCGUCCGCGCCCCCCCAGGAGGUACAGUGCUCCAGCCCCAGCUCCACCUCCCUGAUGGUAAGUUGGCGCCCCCCGCCGUCCGGCAGCCAAAACGGCCCCAUCGUCGGGUACACGGUGAGCUACGUGGCAGCGGGGGGUGGAGCCGGGCUCGGAGCCGAGAUCACCGAGUCCGUCCAGACGCCGGCCGACGAGAUCGCCCUGCAGCGGCUGGAGAAGUGGACGCAGUACCGCGUGAGCGUGGCCGCCGCUACCAAAGUGGGUACGGGACCGGAGAGCCCGGCCAUCAGCUGUCGCACCGAUGAGGACGUCCCCGGCGCCCCCCCUCGGCGGGUGGAGGUGGAGGUGAUGAACUCGACGGCGCUGAAGGUGAGGUGGCACUCACUGUUGCCGGGGCGACAGCACGGCCAGAUCCGCGGUUACCAGGUGCACUAUGUACGGGUGGAGAACGGAGAGGCGCGCGGCCUCCCGCUCAUCAAGGAUGUGAUGCUGGCCGACGCCCAGUGGGAAAUGGACGAGAAGGCAGAAUAUGAAAUGGUGAUCGGGGGGCUGCAGCCUGACACCACCUACUCCAUCACGGUGGCGGCGUACACCACCAAGGGCGACGGGGCGCGCAGUAAACCCAAACUGGUGAUGACCAAGGGAGCAGUGCCAGGCACACCCUCCCUCUGGGUCCAACAGGACUCAGAAAACUCAGCAGUGGUGCGCUGGCUCCCUCCCGAGUCCCUCCUGGCCGGUAUGGAUCUCCUCGGGUAUCGGCUCCAGUUCGGCCGCAGCGACGUCCCGCCGCUGGCCACGUUGGAGUUCGCGCCGCACGAGCGUGAAUUCUUGGUGCCCGGAAUGCACCGGGGCGCAACAUACAUCUUCAAGAUUUCGGCCAAGUCGCGCUCCGGGUUCGGCGAGGAGGCCACGCAGGAGCUGAGCCUGGAGGAGGAGGCGCCGCAGGGAUACCCGCACAUCAGCGGCGCGUCCAACGUCACCUGCUGCUCCGUGCACUUCUCCUGGAUGCCCCCGGUGCUCGCCGAGCGCAACGGCGCCAUCACGGAGUACACGCUGGCGUACCAGGAGGCCGGGGCGCCCGGCGGCCUAUCGGAACUGCGCCUGCCCGCCAGCGAGCACAGCUACACCCUGAACAGUCUGAAACCGGACGCCGUGUACGACGUGAAAAUCCGCGCGCACACCAGCGUAGGUCCCGGGCCCUACAGCCCGCCCGUCCAGUACCGCACGGUGGCCGUGGAGACAGAUGUUCCCAAAAACUUCACAAUAAGGCUGGUUACCGCGACGACGGCGCUGCUGGCGUGGAAGUUUUCAGACAGUCGCUUCCCGUAUCGCUGCACGAUCGAGUACAAUCGCCAGAAGGUGGACAUCGACGCCCGGAUGACCAAAGCUCUGGUGACCAACCUGAGACCCAACAGCACGUACGAGUUCCGCGUCACGUGCCAGGACAGCGGAGACGGAGGACCCAGACACCGGCUCGUGGCUCGAACCGCGCCCUCUGUCUUUAACAGCAAGCCUGAACUGAACAGGAGAGAAACUGACAACUCGCUCACGCUUGUUCUCCCCCAGCUGGAGACCAGAGACAUCAUCAAGUCCAUCUUCGUGGUGGUGGUUCCUCGGAAGAAAGGCCCCAUCAGGCACAUGAAGAGCCCGGAUGAAAUAGAUCUGGAGGAGCUGUUUAGGGACGGGAACGUGAAGCAGAGACACGCCCGUAUGACGCGCCAGCUGCGCCAGGUGGACGCGAAGAAGCCGUACGUCGCCGCUAGCUUCAAACCCGGCGCCGUGCCCCAGACCUUCACCCUGGGGAAUCAGAUGGUCUACAACGGCUACGAAAACAGAGCUCUGGAGCCGGGUCAGGACUACGUCGUCUUCAUCUUGGUGGAGCUCAACUCGCCCGGCUCGAAAACCUUCGUAUCCAGCUCGUACUCGGACUCCGUCAUGGCCCCCGACGUGGACCCUCAGCCCAUGGAGACGGGAGGAGACGGGCUCAUCUGGGUGGUGGGACCCGUCCUGGCUGUGGUCUUCAUCAUCUGCAUCGUCAUCGCCAUUCUGCUCUAUAAAAACAGCAAAAGGAAAGAAUCAGAGCCGCGCACCAAAUGCCUGCUGAACAACGCCGAGAUCACGUCACACCAUCCCACCGACCCCGUCGAGAUGAGACGCAUCAACUUCCAGACGCCAGAUUCGGGUCUGAGCAGCCCCCACAGUGAAGCCGCGUUUGAAUAUGAAAGAAUGAUGAACCAUCCGCCCAUACCCAUCUCCGAGCUGGCAGAACACACCGACCUGCUCAAAGCCAACGACAACCUCAAACUCUCACAGGAAUAUGAGUCGAUCGAUCCGGGACAGCAGUUCACCUGGGAGCACUCCAACCUGGAGGUCAACAAACCCAAGAACCGCUACGCCAACGUCAUCGCCUACGACCACUCCCGAGUCAUUCUGGCUCCCAUCGACGGCAUCGCGGGCAGCGACUACAUCAACGCUAACUAUAUCGACGGCUACAGGAAGCAGAACGCUUACAUCGCCACGCAGGGCCCUCUGCCUGAGACCUUCGGUGAUUUCUGGAGGAUGGUGUGGGAGCAGAGAGCCGCGACCGUGGUCAUGAUGACGCGGUUAGAAGAGAAAUCGCGGGUGAAGUGUGAUCAGUACUGGCCGAUUCGGGGGACGGAGACCUACGGGAUGACCCAGGUCACGCUGCUGGACACCAUCGAACUGGCCACCUUCUGCGUACGCACCUUCUCCCUACACAAGAACGGUUCCAGUGAAAAGCGCGAGGUCCGUCAGUUCCAGUUCACGGCGUGGCCAGACCACGGCGUGCCCGAGUACCCGACGCCUUUCCUGGCGUUCCUGAGGAGGGUAAAGACCUGCAACCCUCCCGAUGCAGGGCCCAUCAUCGCCCACUGCAGCGCCGGAGUGGGCAGGACGGGCUGCUUCAUCGUCAUCGACGCCAUGCUGGAGCGCAUCAAGCACGAGAAGACGGUGGACAUCUACGGUCACGUGACGCUGAUGCGCGCCCAGAGGAACUACAUGGUGCAGACGGAGGACCAGUACAGCUUCAUCCACGACGCCCUGCUGGAGGCGGUGGCCUGUGGGAACACCGAGGUGCCCGCCCGCAGCCUGUUCUCCUACAUCCAGAAGCUGGCGCAGGUGGAGACCGGCGAGCACGUCACGGGCAUGGAGCUGGAGUUUAAGAGACUGGCCAACUCCAAGGCCCACACGUCGAGGUUUAUAAGCGCCAAUCUGCCCUGUAACAAGUUCAAGAACCGCCUGGUUAACAUCAUGCCGUACGAGACCACUCGAGUGUGCCUGCAGCCAAUCAGAGGGCUGGAAGGCUCAGACUACAUCAACUCCAGCUUUAUCGACGGAUACAGGCAGCAGAAGGCGUACAUCGCCACUCAAGGCCCCUUAGCCGAGACCACGGAGGAUUUCUGGCGCAUGUUGUGGGAGAACAACUCCACCAUCGUGGUGAUGCUCACCAAGCUCAGAGAGAUGGGCAGAGAAAAGUGCCAUCAGUACUGGCCAGCCGAACGCUCUGCCCGGUACCAGUACUUUGUAGUGGACCCCAUGGCCGAGUACAACAUGCCUCAGUACAUCCUCCGAGAGUUUAAAGUUACAGAUGCCAGGGACGGACAGUCGCGGACGGUGCGGCAGUUCCAGUUCACUGAUUGGCCAGAACAGGGGGUACCCAAGUCUGGUGAGGGCUUCAUCGACUUCAUCGGACAGGUUCAUAAAACCAAGGAGCAGUUCGGCCAGGAUGGUCCCAUCUCGGUCCACUGCAGUGCUGGUGUGGGUCGAACUGGAGUCUUUAUCACGCUCAGCAUUGUGCUGGAGAGGAUGCGCUACGAGGGUGUGGUGGACAUUUUCCAGACGGUCAAAAUGCUGAGAACCCAGAGGCCAGCCAUGGUGCAAACAGAGGACGAGUACCAGUUCUGCUACCAGGCGGCUCUGGAAUAUUUAGGAAGCUUCGAUCACUAUGCAACGUAAAAAGCCAUCCUCUUCCCCGUACCCAACACCCCCUCUACAGCUCCUGAGCCGCAGGCACCCGCUCCAAAUUCGAUCUACAUCGACUGUACAAAAAAAAUAUAUCAAUCAAUAAACAUCUGAAAAUAAAAUCAAAAUAAAACCCGUCUGAAGUGAUGGGGGGUUCCAGAAUAUCAAUCAAAACAGUGAUCCCAAACAGCUGGAUGGAGAUCCAGAUCAGAUCUAAAGGAUCCUUUUAUCAAAGUUGGCUCAGGCUGCGGGGCGGGACGGCUCUACGUUUAUGUGGGACUGCUAACCUGACCUCAAGUGUUCUGAUGUGGAGGAUAUUAAUCACCUGUACAUGGACGUAUGUCUUCAAACCAAUCCUGUAAAGAUACACCAGACGUAAUGGACCCAGCAGGCAUCGAUCGUCUGUUUUAACAAUCAGUUCGACUGGAAAUUGAAAGACUUGCUGGUUCUGAGCUCAGAUCCCUCCGUGUUUACACUGGACACCUGUGAACUUUCCUAAAUUUGUUAAACAGUGAAGAACCUUGAGAAGAUUGAAGCCUGGUCCGGUGAUGGCGGCAGUAUCCUGAAGAUGACCACACAAAGCAGAACUUUAUUCCCUUUAUUCUGAAAUUCACUCCGUAUCACUUUCUGAUCCACGUCUAAAAGCAACUGAAGGAUGUUGAAGCUGUUACCAUUCACAGCAAGGCCAGUAUCUCACAAAACACACCUUUAAUCAAGUAUUCUCCAGCGUUCGAGGCGUGUCCGGUCGUUUUGGUGCUUUUUCGGACGAGCUAGCCAACGUUUUCAGAACACGCCAACGUAGCUUCGUCUCAAAAUCGUAUAAAAGCGAAAGGCAUGACUUUCAAAAGCGCAGAAUGGAUCGUUAAUACCAAUCAGACAUGUGAGGACCAAAGGAGUAUUUGUAUUUUUGGAUUCCUAGAGAGGCGUAGAACGACCACAUGGACGACGGUUCAAUUCUGUCUUUAAUGACCACACCUGAAAGCCUCUUUCUCGUGAGCAGCAAGAUUCCCGUGUCCCACGGUCAACUCCAAUGUCCAAUGUAGUUUUGGACCAGUUCUUUAAAGUUUGUCAAAUCUGAACGAUGGAAUUUCUCCACAUGGUCCUUCUGAAGCAGUGAAGAUGCUCCUCUUAGCCAGAACAGAAUUAAAGGACUCUAGUUUCCUCAUGAACUAAAUUUCUUGAUGCUCCUUGUAGUCAACAAUGCCAAUAUCAAAAAUCUGAGCCUGAAGUGUCAUGUUCCUCAAAAAUAAAACAUUGAGAUAUUCUUUUACUUCUGCUUUACAUUCUGGAGAAAUUAAGGUGAUCCUUCAAAACUCCAAGAGAGUGGACCUUUAUUACAUGGGCUGCUUAGAAGGAUUUGUGAUGGAUGGAUGGUAUAAUCUUCAGCUGACCCAGCCAAUUUAGAUGUUCCAGUAACCAACUGCAAAUUUCCAUCCAAAUAUUUCAACCUGUUUGAGAACCACAGCCUGGUACUGGUGUUUAAUAAUCAACCGCUGGGUAAUCAAGGUCCUUCAUGGAUACAGCAAUGUAAACUUCACCAUCCGGCCUCAUUUUUGCUUUAAGAAGAACGUCUAGUUCCUAUCUGGUAAUUCAAGCAAGUCAGGAUGGUUCCUGAUGGGUCACAAAACCAUUUCAAAGUCGCAAAACGGAUAUAUGGACAAAUACGCCAUGGUGAGACCUUCACACGGGCUCUGGUUAAGAGGUUUGAACGUCCCUUAAAGCUUUUAAUUUGGAUCCCCACGUUGUUUCAUGGGUAAUUAUGGACAGUCUGGAUAUCUGGAUAUAGCAACCUGAACUCGACCAAUAAAAAAACACGGUACGACCUGACCUAGAACUUUCAACCCAUUUCAGUCAAGCGAGACUUGAACUUGUGUGUGUGUGUGUGAGGACAGGAGGAAGCCGUGAAGCUUCUCUCUCUUCAGACUUUGGUUGAAACGGUGUGUGUGUUACUGGAGAACGCUUGAAGUCGAAACCUUGGAUUCUUCUCGGAGCUUUCCAUCGAGUGUGUGUGUGUGUGUGUGCUGCCGAAGCAGAGCCGUAGUGUAACUAACCGCGCUGUGGAAGGAGCCGUUUGUAGUCUUUCUUAUUUCCAAAAAGCCUUAUCGUUGUCAUAACAUGAUACAGAAAAAAAGAAAGUAAAAAAGCGACGUGUAUUAUUCUGAUUCUUGUAAUUUACUUUGAUUUCUCAGUUUAGUUUUGUAACAGAGAUAACGUACUCGUUUUUUAAUUCGGAGGGAGGCCGAGGCGAUGCUUUUUGUUCGUUACGUUAAAAGACAUUCUAUUUUUUCACUAUAGAAACGAAAUGUCGGUGUGUGUGUGUAUACGUUUAUGCACACACACUUACACAGACAGUAUAUUUAAAUGCAGAAUAUAAAGAUGUACCCAAAUCAUGUAUGAAUAUGAAUAGCAUUUUUUCUGUCUUUUUUUUUACCACACGUGAACGUUUAUUCUUUGUUUUUAUAUAAUCAUGAUUUAAAGAAAUGCAGUCUGGCUUCUGAUAAAGAUGUGAGCCCAUCGUUUUUUAUAUUCAUUAUUAAUUUUUAUCAUCAGUAGUCGUUUUUAUUAUUAGGUUACAAGUAUUACUUUAAAAAGUUAUAGAAUUUUAAUUGAAUUGUUUUUUUUUAUGAAAUUAACCUUGGAAAACAAACAUAUCUUGAUAUCUAUCCCCUUCUUGUUUUUUAGCAUUUUUUUUACUUUUGGAUUAAAAUUAUGCAUUUGUUAAAGUUGAACAACAAUCCUAAAC